AUGUUAUUUGAACCAACAGGUUGGAAAUUGGACACAAAGAGUAUUAAAUUAGGUGGUGUACUCGAAAAGAAAAGUAAGAAUCAAAAGAAGAAAGGAAGACUAGCAAAAAGGAAAGAAAAUAGGGAGAAUGAAGAACUUGCUAGUUCAAAUCUACAAUCAAAUUCAGAUAAAAUAGAAGAUAAAUCGAGUAAACAAGAAAAGAUAGAGAAAAAAGAUAAAAAUAAGAAAAUAAAACAAAAGAGUGAUGACAGUUCCAAAACUGAAAGGUCUAAAAAUAACAACAAAGAAUCAAAAGAUGAAAAGACGGAAAAAUUAGAGUCAGCUCCAAUACCUGUAACAUCCAAAUUGACUCCAUUGCAGCAGAAAAUGAUGAAUAAAUUAUCAGGAUCUAGGUUCAGGUGGAUUAAUGAAAAGCUAUACACCAUUAAGUCAGAAGAUGCAUUGAAAUUAAUUCAAGAACAGCCAGUUUUAUUUGAUGAGUAUCAUCAAGGAUUCAAAUCACAAGUUCAAUCAUGGCCAGAAAAUCCAGUAAAUGUAUUCGUUGAUCAAAUCAAAACCAGAGGUAUAAAGAAAAAUGUAAAUGCACCUGGAGGUUUACCUGGUUUAAAAGAUAAAAAAGUUGUUAUUGCUGAUAUGGGAUGUGGUGAAGCACAAUUGGCAUUAGACGUGAAUAGUUUUGUUUCUAAACAAUCCAAGAAAAUUAAAGGUAGAAAAUUAAACAUUGAAGUUCAUUCAUUUGAUUUGAAAAAGUAUAAUGAUAGGAUAACGGUUGCAGACAUUAAAAAUGUACCAUUGUCUGAUGAGUCAUGUUCAGUAGUUAUUUUUUGUUUAGCUUUAAUGGGUACAAACUUUUUGGAUUUUAUAAAAGAAGCUUACAGAUUAUUAAUACCAAGAGGUGAAUUAUGGAUUGCCGAAAUUAAAUCAAGAUUUUCAGAAACUGAAAAAAACCAACAAGAUAGUGAAGAAUCAGUAGGUAAAGAAUUUGUCGAAACUUUAAAAUUAUGUGGAUUCUUUCAUAAACUGACAGACAAUUCAAAUAAAAUGUUCACAAGAUUUGAAUUUUUCAAACCACCAUUGGAUAUAUUAAAAGAUAGAGAAGAAAAACAAAAUAGGAAAAGAAAAUUCAUUGAAGAUGAAACUGAAAAAGAAAAAUUGGAACAUAAGAGAGAAAAGAAAGCAGAAGGCUCUUGGCUUUUGAAGCCUUGUAUAUAUAAAAGAAGAUAA